AUGGCUCAAGUUGCAACCCAAUACUCCAGUGCACGAUCAAAUAUUCAACUCCCUCCUAAUGGACGUCUUAUCAGACGGAGCUCUCAAGAACUAGGACUGCAAAUUGUCAUUCACGAAGGCCACGCUGCUUUUCUUCAACGGUAUGUCCUCGGCACUCGCUUCGGUGGAGGUGGUUUUGGACAUGUGCAUCGAGGUCGACGUUUGUGUGACAAUCGUGAGGUGGUCGUGAAAGAGAUACGGUCGGACAAAGUUCCUUGUUGGUGUCAGGUCGAUUCACAACUGAUGCCAAUCGAAGUAGUGCUACUCACAAUGUGUCAAGGUUUGCCCGGGAUCGUGCCCUUUUUGGACGCUUUCAAUUUGGGUCAAACCUGGGUGAUUGUGAUGGAUCGUGUGUCGGAGACCACAUGUGACAUGUUCGACUAUAUUGGUGAACGUGGCACAUUGCCGGAACGCGAGGCUGCACACUAUUUCCACCAGUUGGCUGGCAUCCUCUUGGCCUGUCAUCGUGUGGGUGUGCUUCAUAGGGAUAUUAAAGAUGAGAAUAUCCUCAUCAAUCGUGCCACAAACGAACUGGUUCUGAUCGAUUUCGGCUCCGGCGCGUUUCUCGAGUCCCGAUUGUACACCGAUUUUGAUGGUACCAGAGUCUACUGUCCUCCGGAGUGGAUUCUGAAUAGCUGUUAUCAUGGCAAACAAGCAGAAGUCUGGUCCCUCGGUGUUCUGCUUUAUGAUAUGCUUUGUGGUGAUAUUCCCUUUGUCAAUGACAAGGGUAUUGUUGGCGGGAAAUUGCGUUAUCGAAACGAUGAUCUGAGCGAGGAGGCACGUGAUUUAAUUGGUCCUUUCGUUUCCAACUACAGAAUUUGUCUGAGUAUGGAUCCGGAAAAACGGCCUACUCUUUUGGAGAUUCUCCAACACCCGUGGAUGGUUCGGCAUCGGCCACCGCGAACUGAUGGACAACUACCGAGUACACUCACAGCGCUUCUCGCUAUUGACGAGGCCACGACAUUGGGGCAGAAGCGUUCCGGCGAUUCAACCGACCCUCUCCCAUCCAGUCCAUCAUCUACCCGUGUUGAAUCUGCUUGUGUUCCUGUCAGUCGUUGCCUACAUUCCACGCAUGGUGCUGGCAACCUGUUCGCAUCCUCCCUGUCCUCCAUAUCCUCCUCUCCUCCAUCUGCCAGUGAUUUGGAAUUUUUGGACGAGGUGCCCAAAUUCACUUGUCCUGUGUUCGAUUUAGACGGCGAUUCGGGAUUGACGGAUCCUGCUCAAACGACAACACACACGCAUAUACAACUAACGUCUGCUUCUGAAUCAGCCCACGGAAUCACCCCUCGACCGUUGAUGUUUUCACAUUCCCCGGAGCUGGCAGAUCGCAAAAUGUCCACCGACGAGGUCAUUCAUUCGCGUGAAUCCUCUAGUCAGUCAUCCAUGCAUAACACAAUACGAUCACUGGAACCAAACGAGCGACCCAAUGAUCGAUUGUAUGUGCACAGCAGCUCACCGAUCACAUUAUCUGACCCUUCAACAGCCUCUGGACAACCGCGUCUUCAUUCUAACGAGUCUGGCUCCAGUUCGGGAUAUUACUCCCGAUCCGACUCAUUGUCUUCCAAUGAGAGUCGCCAGUUGAUCUCAGUGACUACAGCGGGCAGUUCCACUACUUGUCUGACUUCCAGCCAUGCAGCUUCGGUCAUUUCGGUCUCGUCCAACGCCUCAUCCAAUAAACUAAAUCCCUGCGAUGUGCCUGUUCCUCUAAACACUUCCUCGUCGAACACCCUCUACGCGGCCGGUCUGUUCCAAUGGCCGCUACUGUUCUCCCACAAAACCACUCCGACGUCAUCUUCUCCAGUCUACCAGUCAGCUACUCAUUUGACUCGGCCUGCGUCCGCACACCCAAUAGUGUCCAGUUCUGUCCCAGUCACCCAAACCGGCCCAUCUCCCGUUUCUGUUCGAUCCGCCUCCGACCGCAUUGACCGGCUGUGCCAAUUACUCCAUCCCAGUCCACCCACAGUACCCACCUCGCAUUCUCCAAAGUCCACCACUUGGUUUUGGGGUGAUGGAACACGAUUGGAUCAAAGUUGGCGUCCGAGUCCCUGA